UCUCCCACCCUCGCCGCACCCUCACGCCGCACUCGCCGCACAUCUGGCGCUUCGCAGCUUCGAUCCGCUUGCUUGCGCCGCGUUUCCAUCUCGUGCUCUUGCCUGCGUCCCGGCACGCCCGUGAAAGAAGCCGCCCGGCGUCUCUGAUAGAGCCGCGGCCAUGGCAGCUGCCGUCGGGCCUCCUCCCGGCCUGGGCGGUGCCUCGCGCGCCCCGCCGCCCGCGCGCUCCUCGCCCGGCGUCUUCCAGGUCAUUCCGCGCAGCACCGAGCCGUACUCGCGGCAUGCGCUGCUUGCGCUCUCGCGCAGCCCGCUCGUCGCUCCACCAGCAGACAUGCCGGCGCUGAAGGCGUGGUACGGCGACUGGGAGCCGUACACGCCGCGACCCAUCGGCGGCAGCGGCGCCCACAUGUAUGUGGGCACCGGUCCCGGCAACCUGGGCUCCGGCGGGCCGCGCGAGGGCCCGCCGCAUGUGCGCCAGUCGGAGCGCAGCGACAGAGGCGCACACCGCGGCGACGAGCUCGAGUCGCGGAGCAUGGAGGCCCACGGCGGUGCGAUGGGCAGCUUCAGCGCAGGGCGCAAGGCGGGCGAGCGGACGUGAGUGGUGCACGCGACGGGGUGUGCCGUGCGUUGCUGAGCUCUUGCGAAAUCAGCUUCCGUCGCUUUGAGGAGCGCGGCGCUCAGGAUGGCGGCGAGUCGCCGAUGCGCAUGGGAG